GCGAAGCAGCGGCGACCUCGAAGGAGAGGGCUGUCACGAUAUAUCUGGAAGAGAAGUUUAUACAAACUUUCUUGCGCCACUAAAGCUGCGGACAAACACGCUCUUGCUUCCGCGGGGAUUGAUGGAAUGUUUCUUUGUCCGUCGGACAAAGCGCCAUUGAGAUCCUGGACCGGAGGCCCGUGCGCCCGACAGGCAGCAGCACAGCAUCCGAGGGCGGCUCGGUGACCGAGCGUGGGUGCCGUCACUUGGGUGCACGAGGUCACGUAAGAUCGGCGACCUCACAUCUCUGAUGCCGACAUCUUCUCUGUUCAGCUCAAUUGAGGGUAUCGGCAACGAUCUAUAUGCUCGAGCGGGCGCACGACACUGUAGUUGG